GCCACAUGGUGCCAAAACGGCUAGCGCAUGGUGGCACCGCAGACCUUCCUCGACGACCUGCAAGCGUCGCUGGCGCGCCGGCCCGUACGCGUCCUCAACGGCGCCCGCAAGGCCAGCGUCGCGGCUGUCCUCCGCGUGGACGGCGACCGCAUCCGGCUGCUCUUCAUCCGCCGCGCUGUCAACCCGCGCGACCGAUGGAGCGGCCAGAUCGCGUUUCCCGGCGGCAAGUGCGAGGCCAACGAAACGUCCCUCGAGACUGCGAUCCGUGAAGCUAGAGAGGAGGUCGGUCUUGACCUCGCCUCGGCCACGUUGCUCGGGCAGCUGCCGGUCCGCGCCGCGACAAGCGGCAACACGAUGGUUGUGAGUACGCACGUCUUUCUCUGGACGGAGAUGGCGGCGCCGGCAUUCACGCUGCAGACGUCCGAGGUCAGCGCCGCCUUUUGGGUCGACGUCGAGCAUGUGCUCACGGCGCGCCUGCGCGAGCUGCGUAUUCCGCUGGACGCUAUGAGGCGCCGCACGAACGAAGCGCCGUAUCUCCACCGCAUGCUACGCCUUCUCGGGUGGUCGACGAUUGCGUUUCCUUGCAUAUACCUCCCGCUGCCGCAUCAGAGAGGCAACGACGACGAGCGUAGCGAUCGCGGUGCCGACGAGUAUGUGCUCUGGGGCCUUACCUAUGGCAUGGUGCUCGAUCUCUUCAAGGACAUUCCCGGCGCCCGCCACCGCCCGUCGACGUCGCUGCUCCUUGUCUACAAGCACAGCCAGCGCUACAGGCUCUACGUCCUCCUCCACGCUCUAUGUGUAGUAGCUGUAGGCUACGCCAUGGCCAAACUCUAAGCACUGCGAUUAACGGCUUUACACCAUGCGACCGAGGAGCGACUCAACGUGACGCCAACCGCG